AGACGAUGCUCUAGAAUUACUAGAAUCUAAUUUUGAUUUGUGAAGAGGACGCUGAAUACAGUAAUUAUUGUGUUGUAGUUAUAAAAGCAAGAAAAGGUUUCAACAAACUGUAAACGUCCGCCGAAAUAAGAAAAGAGUUCAAGUUCUAAUGGACGAUUGCUGUUAAUUCUCGUCCCUCUGAUGAUUUAGAGUCUUCAAACAAUGUUUACAAAGCUUUUAUCCAAGCCCAUUUUUCGUUUGUCUGUUGUGAUUUUGGUGAAUGAAAAUAUUUUACGAGCUACUCCUGUACUGGCUAAAGAUGUAAAACCAAGAAAUUUCGCAAGAUGGUCUGCAAGAAAACCCUCAAAGGUUUUUACAACAGAUGAAAUUUCAUCGGCUGGCGUUGACACUGAUGAAUUUUUUAAAUCAGAAUUUGGUAAUACUGACAACCAAGAUAAAGAUUCUUCCCAGCAGCACAAAGGUGGGCUAGAUAAAGGAGCUGACAAAAAUCCCAAGAAGGGUUUUGAAAAAGUGAAAGAAAAACAACUCUAUCCACCUUGGAAGACCGUGCACUCUGCAGAAGGUACCGACUAUGUGGUGCUAGAAGAACAUGAUUUCACUUUCAGCAAGAUGAUGACCCAUGUCGGGAACCGGAACAUGCGAAGAAAACAUGACCUAAUGAUGCUGGAAGGCAAACGACUCAAUAACGAUGCUUUAAAAGCGGGAUUGGUGCCAAAGAAAAUAUUUUUCACACAGAAAAACUACCUUCAAGAACUAAAUUUGCCAUCUGGUUUAAACAUACCACUGUUUAAGCUGCCUUAUAAAACUGUCAAAUUGUGGUCAAAACUUGACAUGCCUCCAGGAAUAAUAGGUUUCUAUGGAAUCCCGAAGGAGGAGGACAUCAACACUUCGGACACAAUUCCUGUGAAAGUGUUGUGCGACAAUGUGCGAGACCCCGGCAACAUGGGAUCCAUCAUCCGAGUGGCUGCUAGUGUGGGCUGUACUCAAGUCAUCCUCAUGAAAGGUUGCACAGACCCAUGGGACUCUAAGGUUCUGAGGUCGGCUGCUGGCGGUCACUUCCAUAUCCCGAUCCUGAUGGACAUGACGUGGAAGGAGAAAGAAGAAUUUCUUCAUCCCUCCGACCUUGUCUUUCUAGCAGACAGUAACACAGAACAGAAACAUCCCGCGGGUGGCAAACUGCCUCAUCACAUGUAUUACGAUGUGGACUAUGCCAGUAACUCUUCAAUAGUGGUGGUCAUUGGAGGAGAGACGGAGGGUCUGAGCUACGAUGCGUUCUCCCUGGCAGCCCAUCACAAAGGGUCCAGGGUGUCCAUCCCCAUGUCAAACUGUGUGGAAAGUCUCAACAGUGGGUGUGCUCUCAGUGUUAUCUUGUUUGAGAUCAAGAAACAGUUUUUGACGGGAAUGACAAACAGAAUAACCGGGCAGAUGAUAGAAUCUGAGGAAGAGAUGGGAGAUCCAGAAGAAUCUAGAAGUUCGAGGUCGAUUGGUUGAUUACGUACUUGUGUGGGCUUUAGAUUUGAAACUAAUUUUCAAAACUAUUGUUUCACAGUUAGUUUUGUAAGUUGCAUAUAAUAAAUAUUUCUACAGAAAACA